AUGGGCUACCAGGAAAUGAAAACGAUGCCGCAUUUAUUGAAGCCGGUGCUUCUGCUGCUCACACUUCUUCAAAUCAUUUUCAUGGCGUCGCCGGGCGCUCGCGGCUUCUUCUGGUUUGUGUGUCUCACGUCGAUUCUCGAAUUUCUUGUGGCCAUCGCGAAUUUCGCUGCCAAUUUUUUGGACUUGAUGUUCACGUCGUCAAGUCAAUAUAUUGUUAUAGAGUUGGCCGCCAGCGGCAUUUUCUGCGUGUGCAGCGCCCUCAACACUAUCUACUAUUUCGUCAACAUCUUCUAUAAAUUCAAUUUUUGGUUUUUGCUGGCUACCGCCGACUCGGUGUUCCUUGUUCUCGCCUACGGAUUGCAAGCAUUAUUGAACUGGAGCGCGAGAGGGAUCGCAUCAAGCUCGAACAACCAGGCGACGGCAAUGCCACCGCCCGGAUCGGCAACCGCCUAUCCGGCCGGUGUCAAUCCCGCAUAA